AUGAGUAAACCCAAAUUUGUGAGCACAAUUCGGUACCACAACUCAUUACCAAAAAUCCCCGUGGAGUGUAAGCACCUUCGUUUUGUCGUUGAGAUGGACGAUUUUUCAAGUUAUGUUCCGACGACACUCGAAGACUCAUUUAAACUUCCUUUACCAAAUGACCCAACAUUUGGUGUGAAUGCCGACACCAGUUUGCCCGAAGUGUUUUACACUCCCAAAAUAGAUCCUUCGUCAACCAUUCCAAAAGAUCUUUUCGACGUGACUCAAAAGCUAAGUUCAACAACAGGAACAAUACAAAUCCAGCCUUAA